UAACUCAGAGGACAGUGCCCACGUCAAACAAGAGAAAGCUAAAUAAUCGCGUUUUUGGUUUUGAGAAGCAUUUUGAACGUUUGCCCAUGUUUAGCAAUUCACUUCUCUCCAGGGUUCUUUCUCAUUCCACCCUCUCUUACACCAGAUGGUCUCCUUUGUCAUUCACCUGCUUCAACACCAGCAUCAUUUAUGGGAAAUGUGAGCUGUCCCAGUGCAAAGGUCUCAGAUGCUGAUGUGCAAAGAAUGUCUCUGCAGUACAAAGCCUUUACCACAAGGUGCCGUUCUAGACUGGGAAAGCCAUCAGUUCUCACAGCCUCCGGGCUGCAGGGUUGGUCCUUUCAGACAAUUUUCAUUUAGGGAAAUCUGUUCGAGUGGUCAUGGGGUGGGCUCAAAGCCAGCGCGCUCUUCUUGCCUCCUCCCUGUCCUUCUCCUGCUACACCAAAAAGAAACUGUGGCAGCAGUGGUGAAGAGCAGCAAAUUGGUCUCUCUUCACCUGAUCAGAUACAGAAACUACUAUCUGCCAUACUAGAAGACAGCAAGGGGUGAAAGAAGGAGCUCUGAAAGUUGUGCAUCCUCUUCCAUUCUCUUCCUCCCCAAGGGAGCAGAAAGGGGCACAAAGGGAAACAGCUUCCUAGAAGGAGAAUUGGCUAGAAGAGCACAAUGGACCGCUUCCGGAUGAUCUUCCAGUACUUCCAGUCCAACUCAGAGUCUGUAAUGAACGGGAUCUGUGGGCUGUUAGCCCUGGCUACUGUAAAGAUUUAUACCUGCCUUGACUUCAGCUGUCCCUGCCUGCCCCACUACAAUAUGGCAUAUGGCUUGGGGAUCAUGUUUGUGCCCCCCAUCGCCCUCUUCUUCUGCGGCUUCAUCCUCAACAGACAAUCUCUGGUGAUGCUGGAGGAGUGGAGGCGGCCACAGGGACACAGGAGAAAGGACCAGGCUGUCAUCAGGUAUAUGUGCUGCUCCAUCAUGCAGCGAGCCAUGGUUGCCCCAGUCGUCUGGAUUGUGGUCACCCUCCUGGAUGGCAAAUGCCUGAUCUGCGCCUUCAGCGGCUCUGUGGAUCCCAAGAAGUUCGUGGGCUUUGCCAAUGCCAGCCUGGCACAGGCACAGGAGAUGCUCACCAGGGUGCCCUGCAAGGAGGACGAGCUGAUGAGGAACAGCACAUCCCGCAGGGCAGUGUCCAGGUACCUGCGCUGCUGGUCCCAGGCCCUUGGCUGGAGCAUUGUGUUGAUCCUCAUCAUAGCUGUUUUCCUUGCCCGCUGGCUCACACCUUGCUUCAGCCAGGCUGCCCUCCUCCAGACACGUCACUGGAGUAACUACAUUGACAUCGAGCAGAAGAUUUUUGAGGAAACCUGCUGUGAGCACAGCCGGCUCUUUGCUCACCAAUGCAUCCUUCACUUCUUUGAAAGCAUGCGGAAAGAAAUCAGACAGCACAGCUUCAUCUUGCCUACAGAGAAAGAGGGAGAGGAAGAUCUUCUCCGGGGCAUCACAGACCAUGAUCAGGUGAACAAACUUCUGGAAAUGUGGUACUAUGAGAAACCUCCCUUGGAUGUGAGCCAGGUGACCCACAGACAUCCCCUGGGGCAAGAGAGAUCUGCUCCACCAUGGGCAGGUAGCUGCAAUGCCAGGUCUAAAUUCACCCAGCACACCCAUGUGUGAAGGGGAGAUUGUCCUGAAGUCAACACGGCUGUGACCAGCAGAGAAAUGACCACAGUGCUCACCUUUUCCUCCAGGUCCAAAGGUUGGGCUCUGGGGCAUCGAGCAGAACCUCUCACAGAACUAGCAAGACUCACCUCUCAAGAUCCCAGAGUUCCAGAAUCAGUCACCAUUCAUAACAAUACUCAUCCGAGGGCUCUGAAUUGUGCUUUUGUCAUCUUGAAGAAUCUGUAGCUCAAGUUGUAGACAGAACCCUUCUGGCUGGGCUGGUUGGUGCUCAGAAGGCUCUGCAAGCACCAGCACCAUGCCAUGGACAUGGUUCUUAGACACUUCCCUGAUAGAUUUUAAUACGAACCAAUCUACCCAAAGGAUUAUCCUUACAUCUGCUCUCUGGACAUAUCCAUCCUUAGUUUCAGCACUAUUUGAAUGUAAACUCUGAGCCCCUAAUGCCAAUUACUUUCUCAUCCACCUCUUUCCAGUCCCUGUUGUAGAUGCUUAGUCUCAGCCAUAGUAUGGUUUUAAAUGCUAUUUCUGUCCAGUAUUGCUGCUUAGGUGCAUUAAACUGCUUCUGUGCUUUCCUUCAAAA